CGCGACCUGCCAGGCCGAGCGCAGCACCACCACUGGAAGGCCACGUGCAGUGAAUUCGUGGUAUGAUGCAGUUCCCAGCAAUGCACAGAACGAGCGGGAUGCCUAUAGCGAGUCCUUUGCCUGGGGAAGCAAAUAUUCAAAGACGCCGAUUAAGAGCAACUGGUACUACAAGGACGAGAUGCUGAGCGAGAGCGAGCUGAAGGACCAGGAUUUCUCGUCGAGCGAUGAGGAUGAGUUUGGCAAGGAGGGCUGUGUGCCCAGCGGCGAUGUGGCGACGCAGCAAAGGCUGAUCCAGAAGCAGCAGCGCGAGAUCUUUGACAUGAAUAUGCGGAUGAAGAUGAUGACCGAGGCCAUGAGCAAGACAACCAGACAGCCGUUCGAGACCCUACUGGACAACUACCAGCGCACCUGUGCAUCGAAUCGCCGCGCAAACCGUGAGCUCGAGGUGCUUCGUGCGCAGAUCGCCGAGCUGAAGGGGCAGUGUGCCGAGCUCACCGACCAGGCGGCCAAUCCGCCGCCGUGCGCACUGGCCCACGGAAUGACUGAUGAGGAGCAGGCGCAGUUUGACGACUUGCAAUAUGAGCUCGAGUCCUGCCGCCAGAAGCUCGAGGAUGAGAUGAGCAUCGGCGCCAGGCUGCGAGACAACCUUGCUGAGAAGGAUGCGCUGCUUCGUGAACAGCAAGAGUCGCUUGUCCGUGAGCGGCAGCGUGCUGACCGCUUGAAGAAGACAUACGAAAAGCAGCUUGCCACUGCGAAUGCAACAGCCAAGUCCGAUGCAGCCCAGCACAAGGCUACCAGUACUGCUGCUGACGCUUCUCCGUUCCGUGUGCGGGCUGGCACUGCCACCACGACAAGCGAGACGCUGACGCUUCGUGCGCCGUCGGAGCUUUCGGGUGGAGAUGAUCACAUGUCGCUGAGCACAGCGCGCUUUUCGCAUGCUGCAACCGCAAUUGGGAGCCGGUACGACGCCAUGAGCAAGACUGAGCUGAUCGGAUUGGUUGAGGUGCUGGAGACCGAGAAUUCCCGGCUGCAUGCCUCGGUCAGCAACAUGGAGAAGGAGCUGAGCAGGAUGCGUGCGGAGACGAAGAGCUAUGAGGAGCAGCGCGACACGAUGCUGGGCACCAUCCGCAAUCUGCAGCGCGAAGAGGUCAGGGCUAGCGCCAACCCGAUCGAAAUCGAUGAGCUGCAGCACCGCAACCAGAUUCUGGAGGAGGAGUGCGAUGGGCUGCGCGAAAAGUGCAGUGCUCUGGAGCGCCAGCUCGACGAUGUGCAGCGCCAGCUUGAGGAUGUGCAGCGGGAGAUAUCGGCGGAUGUGAAGGAAAUGUUCCGCGAUGGGGAUUCAGAUACGGACGAGUUCAUGGAUGCUGAGGGCUCGGGAAUGGAAACCGAGGAGGGAGGGGGUCAGCGCCGGAGUGCGGAUUUCCGAGGCAUCGGUGCGGCGCAAAAGGCCCAGAUUUCUCAGCUGGAGCUGGAGAACAGGCAUCUGCGGACCAACGCGGACCUCCUGGAGCAGCAGGUGCUCGACUUGCAGCAGAAGCUGAAGAGCGAGUCCAGCCGCUUCUACCAGCUGAGCCACGAGUAUCUGCGGCCGGUGCUACGCGAGAUCACUGUGGAUGCAGCUCAGGCCGAGCGCGCAGACGCAUAUGUGCGCCAGUGGGGCACGCAGUCGAGUGUGGGCCUGGCAGCCGAUUGCCAGCAUGAGGCACCGUCCAAGCGAAGCAAGAGCCAGGGGAUGCUGUGCAGCUAUGAGACCAUUGACUCGUCGCAGUCGUCGAUGCUGGACCACGACGCACUGGCUGGCCUGGAUCUGUCCAAGAUCAGCUCGUACGAUGAGUUCAACGGUGCUGAGAGCGUUGAUUCGCUGCAGGAGCCGCUGCGUCCAGCGCCCUCUGGCAGGGCGGACGGUGCAGCGAGCCGGAGCAGUGAGCUCGAAUGGCGCAACAGCAUCAAGAGCUUUGCCAGCGGGAUGUAAGCGGACCGGCCAAACCACUCGAUCCAUUUUAGUAUUU